CAGUCAUAUUUACAACUCAGUUGUUUAAACAACAACUAGUGUCAUUCUCAUCUGUUUUUUUUUCUUCUAUUUUUCGACUUUGUUACGAUUCGAUUUUUGUUUACAAGUAUUGAAUUACAGCAUUUCCAAGCAAAAACUAUCUAUUCAAAGUCUGAUUCUCUUUGUUUCUUUAUUUCGGAUUAUUUUGCGCACUUCAAUUGCAUUUCGGCGUAUAAUUCGUGCAUAUUUGAAAUACAUCUAAAACAAUUAGCUUUAAGAGUCAAAUUAAGAGUGUCUGUUUGGUUGGAAUGAAGCGCAAAAAAGAAAGCAAUUGAAAGACUUUUAUUUUCCCGCAACAAGCUCGAAUUUUGAAUGAAGCGAAAGUGAAAAACCGACCAAAUAAAUAACAAUAAAAAAGUUUAAAAUUAAUUUGGGCGUCAACAUAUACUCUUAAUAAACCCUUUAUACAUAGUUGUAAAAUAAAUUUGUCAAACUAUUCGACAAAACGUGUGCACAAAAGAUAAGGUGAAUUGAAAGAAUCGCAAACAUAGUGAUUUGCAUCGGAUAAUUGAGUUUAAAACGAAGUCUUAUCUCGCUUGGAAUUUGGUUUGAUUUUAUUAAACCACUCACCGUUGUCCGGUAUAAAAUGAAAGCAAUCGAAGCCAAAAUUGUUGUGCUCGGCUCUCAAGGUGUGGGCAAGAGCAGCCUCAUCAAACAGUAUAUAUGCGAAAUGAAUGCAUCUGACAUUGCGCCGACAAUCGGUGCUUCAUUUUCAACAUUCAAAGUAAAAUUGGAAGAAGGAAAGGUCAAAAUGCAGAUUUGGGAUACUGCUGGUCAAGAAAAGUUUCGUGCAAUGACGCCGAUGUAUUAUCGCAACGCAAAUGCUGCGUUACUUGUUUUCGACUUAACAAACUACAAUAGCUUUGUCGAGGUUAAGGGAUGGAUUCAAGAAUUGCAUAAGAAUGUGAUUGAGCCGAUGAUUUUGACUGUGGUUGGUAAUAAAGUUGAUUUGGAAAAAGCGCGAGCUGUGUCGAGGGAGGAAGCUUUUCUUUACGCAUCUUCUAUAAAUGGUUCGUAUUACGAAACAUCAGCAAUAAAUGGUGGCCGCGGCAUUGAGCAAGUUUUCAUUUCAACUGCCCGCGGAUUACUACGAUUAGCCGAAAAUAGUGAUUGUUCUUCAAUUAAACGAUAUGAAUCGAAUGAUUCAAUUCUUAGCUGUAAUGAUUUGAAUGGUUUCUAUGAUAAAACGAAUCUAAGCUCAGUGAAUGCGGGCAUUCCAGUUGAUCUGAAUGUUGAAGCGAAUGAUACAGGACGCCUGGAAACGGCCCCAUGGAGCAUAAAUCACAUUGCCCAUGGUGAUGCACAUCGCUCAAGUUGGUGCUGUUACUAGAAUCAAGCAACAAAACUCUUUUUUUUUAACAUUGAAAAUAAAAUUCUCCAAGACAAAGAA